AUGACCAAACCAUAUUCUCAGUGGGCACCUGCUGAGUAUCAUCAUCUCGGGCAGGCCGCGGUCACUUCCAUCGCUAGCCGGCUCAACCUCACCAAGGACGACGAAAAACUUCCACCUAUCGCCACUGAGCUCUAUACCAUGAAAAAGAGAAUAUGGGAGGGCAUUCCGCCCUUGUCAGAGAGACGCUGGAAGGAACUGGACCUUGACAAUACGUGGAAUUUUCCAAUGGCUUGUCGUUACAUCGUGGCCGUCAUCGACGUCUUCCAAUACCUGAACGAAGGCUGGAUGAAAAAAGCUAUGCGGACUGUCUACAAUCGGAUCUGGGACGACCUGCACGACUGCGAGGAAGCUAUCAACGCCUGUCGAAGAUUGGCGGCCAACGGGGGCGAUUUCAAGGAGAUAUCGUUGACCGCCCUCUGGUAUCAGCAUACCAAAUCCCACUUUGACUCCAUGUGUGAAAUGGCCCAUGGAUGGGUCACUGAGCACAUCCAACGUCUUCUGCAGCCAGUGCUAGACCAGCUCGCCUCCCACAGCCCAACACAUGAAAGCGAAGCCGACGAGGUACAGUGGGAUCUGACCAACAAGAUUUACGACCUUCUCGUUAAUGGCGCAUAUGCUGAUUACACGAUAUUCCUACCGAUGGAAGGAUACAAAGGUAGCAACAUACCGCUUCAGAGACCACUGGGCUCGGAACCACCGGGAGGCUUCCGUGAAGAGCCCAUUUCCUUUUCCCUCCAUCUUUUGAAACGAAAAUCUGACUACAUGGGGCGUUGGUACUAUCUAAAACGGAAAGAAGAAUACGAGACCUAUGAAAGAGUAGGAAUAAGUCCAAUAGGGCUGGAGAGCAAUGACACCGUGAGACUCCUAAUCGGGUGUCAUAGCCAGCUCGAUGCACAGGCUCAAUGCCGAAGAGAGCUGCGUGGGGAACCUCAAGAACUAGAUCUCGACCCUUGGUUGGAUUUGACAAAGACAUACUUGGGGUAUGGCCAUCGGAGAUGUGGUUUCGUCGCGUAUCGGCUGUGCCAUAGCCACACUCUUGAGGCAUGGAACGAUUUCAAGGCCAAGUUUGAGUCGGACAUCUUCGAUUGGGGCAGAGAUGUGAAGGGUAUCGACGAUGUCCGUGCUGCUUGCAAGAUUCACUGGCUGGAUGGCCAAGAGCUUGGGAUCCCUGAGGGGGAUAUCGAGGCUGCCAAGAAGUAA